GAGGACACAACGCUGACGAUAUUUUUUGCCACCUUCGAUGAAAUUGUCCGGACGACAAACGUCUGCAGAAGAAGUACGAAGAGGAUGAACGCCGAGAAAGAAUGCAAUCAAGCUCCCCAGUCGUCGUCAUCACUAGCCGACCACUGAGCGUGGAGAUGGCGCUUUCUUCUUCCCACGCUUCGUCCUCCUGCACUGCUCGCUUCCGGACUCUUCACCCUCCUCCUCCUCCUCCUCCUCCUCCCUCGGCUCCGCCUAUCCUCCUGCCGCCCUUUCAACUUCCAUCGAAUUACGCGCCCGACGCCCUCGCAAUCACGCUUCCCGCGCGCAGGCUGCUUUUGCCCGGCGCUCGCGCUGCCUCGUCCCCGUCGAGAAGAGGGGUCUCCUUCUUCUCGGGACUCGUGACGAAGGGCGAGGACGUCCGGAGGUUGAAGGAGGAGCUGCUCGACGCCAUCGCUCCCCUCGACCGCGGCGCCGAAGCCACUCCCGAGGACCAACAACGCGUCGAUCAGAUUGCACGUAAGCUUGAGGCGGUUAACACAGUGAAGGAGCCUCUCCAAUCCGAAUUGCUUAAUGGUAAAUGGGAGCUUAUCUAUACAACAUCCAAAUCAGUUUUGCAGACCCAGAGACCGAAGUUCUUAAGGCCAAAUGGCAAAAUCUACCAGGCAAUCAACGUUGAUACUUUAAGGGCUCAAAACAUGGAAACUUGGCCAUUCUUUAAUCAGGCAAUGGCUAAUUUGGUGCCUCUAAAUGCAAGACGAGUGGCUGUUAAAUUUGACUUUUUCAGAAUUGCUGGUUUGAUACCUAUAAAAAAUCCAGGAAGUGGCCGUGGUCAGUUGGAGAUCACUUACUUGGAUGAAGAGUUAAGAAUAUCGAGGGGUGAUAAGGGGAAUUUGUUCAUCUUGAAAAUGGUGGAUCCAUCCUACAGAGUCCCCCUCUGAAAUUGAUGUAGUCGUACACGAAUAUAUGUUGCAUCAGAGAUUCAUAUAUAGCCACAGAACCACAAUCGUAAGAGGAGUUGCCCACUUCAGUUUCAUGAAUUUGGGGCAUGACACUGGUUGAGCAUCGGGCUGAAUCCCCCAUGCAAAACUUGGUGAGGAGGCAUUGCAAUAUUUUGAUAUUAGGCACCGCCAGGCGUAUGGAGGUUCCUCAUAUUCUGAGCAAGAUAGGGGGAUUCUAAGGGAUAAGCUACCAAAAUCGAAUUGAAAGAGUUAUGACUCAGCCACUUGGAUUGGACUUUUAAUGUGUAAAAUCUGACUCUUCUCCUGCUUCCCAUGUAUCGUACUCCAUGUUGGAAGUGGAUUAUAUUGUUCAGCCCAGCCCCAAUGUUUGCUUGUUUUUGGUGUCAGGAGGAUGUGUCUAUAACAUCGAUCAUUUGUGUGAUUUGAUCAUGAUUUUGGUUC